CUAACUGUUUAACUGUAUCAUAGAUUCGUAACAGUGCUUUUCUCUACUUAUAAAUAUGAGCCUCGCACCAUUACCUCUUCAUUCCAUAUCUAAACACAUUCUUCAUAUAAACAAAUCCUUAUUCGAUAUUAAAGAUGAAUAAACUUACCUUGAAAUAUCUUUCCCUGAACUUUCUCCUCUUAAUCUCCUUACUCUCUUCGAGAUUUGGGACUUGCAACGCUAGGAACAGUGUAUGGAAAGGAAACCGCAGGUCUAUUGCCGAAGGGAAAAGUUCCGCAACAAUCAAUGUGCUUAACUAUGGCGCAAAAGGUGAUGGGACAAGCGAUGACACAAAGGCCUUCGAAAAUGCUUGGGUGGAAGCUUGUAAGGUGGCAGGGUCAACAUUAUUAGUUCCAUCUGGUUCUACGUUCCUUGUUGGACCUGUUUCCUUCCUGGGAAAAGGAUGUAAAGAGAAAAUCGUGUUUCAGCUAGAUGGAAAGAUCAUAGCUCCAACGAGUUCAAGUGCAUGGGGUUCAGGUCUCUUGCAAUGGAUAGAAUUCAAAACACUUACAGGAAUCACUAUAAAAGGAAAAGGAAUAAUUGAUGGACGAGGAUCAGUAUGGUGGAAUAAGUCCCCUGCCUAUGAUCCAGCAGAUGAGUCAGAGUCAAUAACUAAGAAAGACAUGAUGAAAGAACAACUGGGUACAAAAAUGCCAAGUACUAAACCAACAGCUUUGAGGUUCUACGGGAGUAAUGGUGUAACAGUCAAUGGAAUCACCAUACAAAACAGCCCUCAAACCCAUCUCAAGUUUGAUAGUUGCGUGAACAUUCAAGUGUCUGAUUUCACAACUUCAUCCCCUGGAGAUUCCCCAAACACAGAUGGAAUCCACCUGCAAAAUUCUAAAGAUGCCGUUAUUUACCGCAGCACGCUGGCUUGUGGAGAUGAUUGUAUAUCGAUUCAAACUGGAUGCUCUAAUAUCUACAUACAUGAUGUAGACUGUGGCCCUGGCCAUGGAAUUAGCAUCGGAGGACUGGGAAAGUACAAUACAAAAGCGUGUGUUUCAAACAUUACUGUCCGUGAUGUCACGAUGCAUGAAACUACGAAUGGAGUUCGAAUAAAAUCCUGGCAGGGAGGGUCAGGGUCUGUAAAACAAGUUAUGUUUUCAAAUAUUCAAGUCAGCAACGUAGCCAAUCCGAUUAUAAUAGAUCAAUACUAUUGCGAUGGUGGAGGAUGCCACAACGAAACUUCAGCAGUGGCGGUAUCAAACAUUAACUACAUAAACAUAAAAGGUACCUACACAAAGCAACCUAUACGCUUCGCCUGCAGUGAUAGCUUGCCAUGCACAGGACUCUCACUGUCAAACAUAGCACUUAAGCCAGCCACAGACAAAGCACGCUCACUUGAUCCUUUCUGCUGGGAAGCACACGGCGAAGUGAAAACACAAACUCUACCACCAAUAAAAUGUUUGAAAACAAAAAAGUCACCAGGAGCUGCAAGUCAGUCUAAUAAUGAUGCUUGCUGAUAUUAGAACAAGAAAUUAUGUAAUGUUAAGAUAGGCCAAACAUUAUACUUAUACGAAUAAACAAGGAUUGAUUCCCUUGCUUUGUCUUAUACUA